AUGAGUAAUUCUGUUACUGUAUCUGUGUCAGAGAGACCAAAAGCUGCUGUGAUCAUAAAUCCUGAUAAUCACGUGUUUAGAGGAGAUUCUGUUACUCUCACAUGUAACAUAGAGAAUGGAGGAGGUGUCCAGAAUUGGAGGUACAGCUGGAAUAAAGACGGAUCAGGACUUUAUGUCAGGAAUAAGCAGUACAGCAUCGAUAGUGUUACAGAGAAUCAUGCAGGUAAAUACACCUGUACAGGAACAGAGACAAGAAACUCACGUUCCUCACUCACCAGUGAUGAUGCUCUACUGACUGUAUCAGAGAGACCAAAACCCAUUGUGAGCAUAAAUCCUGAUAAUCACGUGUUUAUAGGAGAUUCUGUUACUCUCACAUGUAACAUAGAGAAUGGAGGAGGUGUCCAGAACUGGAGGUACAGCUGGAAUAAAGACAGAUCAAGACGUUCUGUCAGUAAUAAGCAGUACAGAAUCAGUAGUGUUACAAUAGCUGAUGCAGGUAAAUACACCUGUACAGGAACAGAGACAGGAGGCUCACGUUCCUCACACCCCAGUGCUGCUGUUCUACUGACUGUAUCAGGACAGACUGUUACUCUCACAUGUAACAUAGAGGCUAGAGGAGGUGACCAGAACUAUUACAGCUACAGCUGGAAUAAAGACAAAUCAGGACUUUAUGUCAGGAAUAAGCAGUACAGCAUCGAUAGUGUUACAGAGAAUCAUGCAGGUAAAUACACCUGUACAGGAACAGUGACAGGAAGCUCACGUUCCUCACUCACCAGUGAUGAUGCUCUACUGACUGUAUCAGCUAAACCCAAACCAACUAUGAGAUUAGAACCUCAGAACUUCAUCUACACUGGAGACACCGUUACUCUGACCUGUGAUCUGAAUCAGUCUACAGGAUGGACUUUCAUCUGGUUCAGAAAUGAUCAGCAAGUAAAUCCUCAGAUCUCUGCAGAUAAAAUCACCACCAACAAAAUCAGUGAGAAACUUUCUAAUGCAGGAACAACAAAAUACAACUGUAUAGCACGAAGAGGAAACUACUACUCAGAGUACAGUGAUCUAGUUACUGUUACAGUUGAAGAGAGACCAAAAGCUGCUGUGAACAUAAAUCCUGGUAAUCACGUGUUUAGAGGAGAUUCUGUUACUCUCACAUGUAACAUAGAGAAUGGAGGAGGUGUCCAGAACUGGAGCUACAGCUGGAAUAAAGGUUCAGACCAAACUGUCAGUAAUAGACAGCAUUACAGAAUCAGUGAUGUUACAGGAGCUGAUGCAGGUAAAUACACCUGUACAGGAACAGAGACAGGAGGCUCACGUUCCUCACACCCCAGUUCUGUUCGACUGACUGUAUCAGUGCCUAAGACUGCGCACCCCAGGGAGCUAAAUGACUUCAGACCAGUGGCCCUAACUUCACAUCUAAUGAAGACUCUAGAGCGGAUUAUACUCAACCACCUUCGACCGAUAGUGGACACAACGCUGGACCCCCUGCAGUUUGCCUACAAAACUGGCAUUGGUGUAGAGGAUGCAGUCAUCCACCUGUUACACAGAUCCCUCUCACACCUCGACACCCCUGGAAACACUGUGAGGGUCAUGUUUUUCGACUUCUCCAGUACUUUCAACACGCUACAACCAUCACUACUUGGAAAGAAGCUGGAGGUAGCUGGAGUUGACCGUUACCUCACCACGUGGAUGAUUGAUUACCUCUCCAACAGACCACAGUACGUGAGGCUUCAGGACUGUGUGUCCAACAUUGUGGUUAGCAGCACAGGGGCACCGCAAGGGACUGUCCUCUCUCCAUUUCUUUUUUCCGUAUACACCUCAGACUUUCAACAUAACACACAGGACUGUUUCCUGCAAACGUUUUCGGAUGACACAGCCAUUGUUGGAUGUUUAUCUGACGGGAAUGAACAGGAUUACAGGAGUAUCAUCAAGGACUUUGUUACCUGGUGUGAACUGAAUGUGCUUCAUAUUAACACCAGCAAAACUAAAGAACUGGUGAUCGACUUCAGGAAAAAGUCGCAUCACACCACACCUGUGUGCAUUCAGGGUUUGGACAUUGAGAUGGUGAAUGAGUACAAAUACCUGGGUGUUCACCUCAAUAAUAAACUGGACUGGUCUAGCAACUCGGAUGCCCUAUAUAGAAAGGGCCAAAGUCGCCUCCACCUUCAGAGGAGACUGAGGUCUUUUGGAGUGUGCCGACCACUGCUAAGAUCCUUUUAUGACACUGUGGUAGCAUCAGCCAUCUUCUACGGAGUGGUGUGCUGGGGUGAGAGACCAAAACCCACUGUGAUCAUAAAUCCUGAUAAUCACGUGUUUAGAGGAGAGAUUGUUACUCUCACAUGUAACAUAGUAAAUAGAGGAGGUGUCAGGAACUGGAGCUACAGCUGGAAGAAAGGAGGUUCAGUUGUCAGUAAUGAUCAGCAGUACAGAAUCAGUGAUGUUACAGAGAAUCAUGCAGGUAAAUACACCUGUACAGGAACAGAGACAGGAGGCUCACGUUCCUCACACCCCAGUGAUGCUGUUCUACUGACUGUAUCAGAAAAACCAAAACCUGAACUCACAUCUAACCAUAAAGUAGCUGCACUAGCAGGAAACUUAGUGCUUCUGUACUGUGAACUGAACCAAACUGCUGGAUGGAACUUCUACUGGUACAAACACACACAGAACACUGAGACUGAGACUACAACACACCCCUCCUACACCAUCUACUCAGUUAGUGUCUCUGAUGGAGGCCAGUACUGGUGCAGAGCUGGAAGAGGAAACCCAGUCUAUUACACACAUUACAGCACUGCACUCUGGGUAAAUGUUACUGAUGGUGACGUGAUCCUGGAGAGUCCUGUUCAUCCUGUUACUGAAGGAGAAUCUCUGACUCUACACUGUUUAUAUCGCAAAACUAAACCCUCAAACCUCCGAGCUGAUUUCUAUAAAGAUGGAUCAGUCGUGCAGAACCAGACCUCAGGAGAGAUGAUGAUCCAUCACGUGUCAAAGUCAGAUGAAGGUUUUUACCACUGUAAAUACCCAGAGGGAGGAGAAUCACCAAAGAGUUUGGUCUUAGUCAGAGUUUCAAAAUCUGUAGCCACUAUUAUAGGAGUUGCUGUAGGAUUAAGUUCAGCUUUGUUGCUGCUCGUACUGAUCUGUGCUGCUCUGAUGAUCUUACUUUGCUGCUGCAAGAAGAACAAAGGAAGUUACCUCGGGCAGCGCCCUACCGUCGCCCCGCUAUGCGGCUUGACAUUACCGACUUUCCCUAUCAAAAUACCGAGCGCCAUGCAACAUGAUUCCGCUGCUGCCAGCAGUGCAGCACAUGAUCAGAAGGAUACUGCCCCUGAGCCCAGUGAUGUUACUUAUGCUGAAAUUGACCUGAAACCCAAGAAGAAACAAAAGAAAAGUAAAGAUGCUGUCAGAGGAGCAAAUGACGUCCUAUACUCUGAUAUUAAUCUGAAAGACCUGAAAACUCCCAUUAAAGAUGCUGCUGCUGAACCCAGUGAUAUGACUUAUGCUGAGAUUGACCUGAAACCCAAGAAGCCAAAAAUAAGCAAAGGAAAGAAAAGUGUGGGUGCUGACACUAUGUACUUAAAACUGAAGCAGAACACAGACAAAGGUCUAUGAAGAAAACAUGACUUCCUGAGAAUGAUCACUGAGGGUCCUAACAGAGAUCAGGUUACAUGUGGAUCUGGUGGGUGAAGUCUUGGAAAGCCUGAGUUUCAGUAUUAUUGUAACAUUUACAACAACUUCUAAAAAUCAGCAGCAUCUGAACUGAG